CGAGGGAAGCGGCGGGCGGCUACAGGUUGCUAAGGAAGCGCCUGCGGCUCCCUCUUCCCGCGGGGCAGUGCGGGGAGAAGGAGCGGGACGGCCACGGAGGGAGGCUGAAUUAAGACAGAAUGUUGUCAUCUGUGCACACACAGAAUAACAAUAUUCUAUCAGAGUUGCAUGUUAAAAAAAAGUUGUCUUCACCUGAUGUUGCUGAGGGAACAAGACAUACACUACCUAUUACACCUGGAGAAGCAGCAAAACUCUGUUCAUUGAUUCAGUCCUGUGAAGAUUAUUUUAGAAUCAGAAAAGUCAACCAACUUGGAAAAUAUUUUACUGAUCUAAGUGAAGAAGCAGACCAAUUUUCAGCGUGCAUGGAGGAAGAACCCUUGAAGCAGAAUUGGAGUUCAUUUACCAAAGUUAUGGAUAAACAUCAGACCAAGCUGAAAGAACUGUCACCCCAGUUCAAAAGCAGUUCAUGGGAAAACUUCCUAGGACAAAACCUGAGUGAAAGUGAAAUGAGAUGGUUGAAAGAACACGAAAUUGCCACAUUACAGGAAAAGCUUCUUGAAGCAGAGAUGGCAGUCAGUUCAACAGAAAUGUUUUUGCCUUCAUUUAAAGUCACUAUUGCUGAAAUGACAAAUGUGUGUAACCUUUCUACAUCAGAUGUGAUUAAGAUUUCUAAACAAGAGGAUUUACUGAUAAAAGAACUAGAGGCUCUCAAAAACAUAAAAGGAUUUUUACUACACCUACUUAGAACAACAGAGCAUAAAGAAAUAAGCAGUAAACAAAUUGACAUUUUGAUGCAGAAGUUAACUGAAAGUGAAACUGAAAAUGAUGGUCUCAGAAAAGAAACGCUUGAAACAGAGAAGCAUAUUGUAGAGCUUUCUUCUCAGCUUCAACAGGAAAAAGCAAAUGCACUAAAAGCAGACCACCUAUCAAAGUCAGUAGAAGCUGUUCAAGCCCACCUGCAAUGCCAGAUUCAAAAAAAGGAGGCGGAGAAUGAUCAGUUGAAAGCAAAAAUACAGACUCUGGAAAAGAAAAUAACUGAGUGGAAGCUUCAAAUUGGCAAACACAAGCACCAAAUUUUAACUGUAAAGGAAACAAAUGAGCAAAAGAAGAAAGCUCUGAAAAAAGCAACCAGAGCCCAGAAACAGAGAGCUGAAUGUUUUGAAGCAUCUAUUGAAAAACUAACUUCCAAAAUUAGAAAGAGGGAAGUCAAAUUGUCUGAAGUACUUUCAGCUUCCAGUGCCUGGAAAAAUCAUCAUGAGAAGGCUGUAGAAGAAAAGACCUGGUUAGAGGUUCAAUUUGAAACUCUGAAGAAGCAGAUCACAAACCUUUUGGAGGACCUGAAAAAAAUACAAGAUUGUGGAAGAAAUUCAAAUGAAGAAAUCCAUGGAAAGCUUAAUUCUAUCAAUUCAGAACGUGCAAAUAUUCAUCUUGAAAAUGCAAAAUUAAAGGCUUUACUUGCUGCUUUGGAAGACAACACUGUUUCGGCUGAAGCUGAACUCUUAAAUCUGCAAGAAAAAGUAAAGCAGCAGGAAAACCUUGCUGAACAGUAUAAAACUCAGGUACAAAAAUUACAAAUGGAAGCAGAAGAAUUGAAAGCUAGAUACGAGAAAGUGUUAAAUGAAAACAAAAUAAUAACAGAAGCCAAAAAUUUAGAGAUAAGUGAGGUGAGGAGCCAGAUACAGGCUCAGUUGAAGGAGUUAGAACAUGUUCGUGACUUACUGAAAGUAGCUGAAGAGAGGCUGCUGGAGUAUCAGGAAAAUCUGUUGUCUUACAAAAGGAGCUAUGCAGACAAAUCCAAAACCAUUAGGGAGCUACAGGUUCAGAUGGAUGGCAACAACAGGUUCUUGAGAAACCAUUCUUUGGAAGAGGAAAACUGUAACAUUCAGAAGAAAUAUGAAUAUCUGAAAAGACAGUUAGAAAGGAUGGAAGUACAAAAUGAAGAACUUGCACAUCAGCUGGCAAACCAAGAGGAGAGACUUCAGCAUAGUGAAUUGCAGCUUAAAGAGAAAUUAGCAGAAUAUGAUGCUUUAGCCAGACAGUUGGAGGCUGCUUUAGAAGAAGGCAGAAAAAAGGAGUCUGAAGAGGUUGAAAAAAUGUCAUCCAAGGAGAGAGCUCUUCAGACAAAAAUAUUGACUCUGGAAACCGAAUUAAGAGAGAGACGAGAGGAGCAAAAGCGACUUGUCUGCAAAUUAAACAAUAGAGAGAAACAUCAGGAAGUAUGUUUGAAAGAAUUAGAGCACACACUACAAAAAUCAGAAAACCAGAACCACAGCAUCCACAGUUAUGUACAGUUCUUGAAAAACUCAUAUGUAACAAUGUUUGGCUAAUUUCUUUAACUUAGAAUAUUUUAAAUUAAAGGGCAGAAUCUUGGAAGGCGCCAAAUGUCCUUAACUCUCAGUGAAGUUAAUGGAAGUUGAGGACAUUUUGCUAGAUUGAACCCCGUAUCAUUAGGGCUUCAUAGCAAAUUCUCUCUCCAAGUUUUGCAGAAUUGAGCCUACCCUGAAGUAUAUACACUGGUUGAUCAUGUUCUGAAUGUUUACAUGGUAUUACUAAUCUAAAAAUGGCAUUACUAAUCUUCAUUUCUUGAACAAUAGUGAAGGGAAAACGGUGCAAUCUCCAUGAAAGAUGUGUUCUUGUUGUUCAGUGUACUUCCAUUGCUGUAGAAAUCUCACUGGAUUCAAUUUGCAUUCCAGCUACCAUGAUGAUAAUAGAAAUACUAUUCUUAAUAUUUUAUAUAUGUAACACAUAAUUGAAAGAAAAUCCAUUCAAAUUAUUAUGUGGAGGCACUAAAUGUGAUGACAAUGCUCCUGAUAAUGGCCCCAAUUCAACAAGGUAUUUAAGAAUAUCCCUAAUUUUAAGCACAUUAGUAAUUCAUUUGAAGUCAGUGAGAUUACUCAUGCACCUAAAACAAACCACAUGCCUAAGUACCUAGCUGAACUGGGGCCAGUAUGAAGGAAAAUCCUGAUUAUGUAAACUGGUUUUCUAUAGCAAUAGUAUAAAAUAUUCUUACAGAAUUGUGAUAUUGUUUUUAAAGAUAACAGAUUCAGAUAACAUCUAAACAUCUCAAUAUAUAAAUUUUAAGUGUGUAUUAAAUAUCCUAUAAAUGUCCUUUUUAUAUAAAAAUAUAACUGACGUUACUUAUUUUGUUUUACAUGUACAUGUUUUAACUAUAAUCUUUUCUCAACAUAUAACAAACUACUAGCAAUGAAAUAUUUAUUGGUGCAUCAGCGUUUUCUUUUUUACUUUGCAAUUAGAUAUCCAUAUCAACAAGCUAAUGGUAUGUGAAGUAUUAUUCUGUUGGUUUACACUCUACACUUUUUUAAAAAAAAAGAAAACUAUUAUUUAAGUAUAUUUGAUUAUUGUGAUACUAGCACAGUACUUUCUAUUACAAUUUUUUGGUUCCCUGCCUUAAAAAACUAAUACUAAAUUUUCUUUUGAUUAGGUUUAACAUUUUCCUCCACCACUUCAGAAUUUACCUGUUUAGUGAUACUGAAUGAUCAUAACCUUUUUAAAAAAUCAUGAAUGAAGAAACAUCAAGAUAUGCAGAAGUAAAACCUUGAAUCCAGUACCAGGUUUACUUUUAAAAGCCUAGAACAGUCCAAUUAAACCACAUGGAGGUCACUGUAGUAAGUGUAGGCUUCUUAUUUGAUAAAUAGUUUAAGAAUUUCCAAUACAUUGCCUUUAACCUAGCCUCUGCUAUCCAGGAAAUUAGAAAAACCUGAACCUUUUGUCUUUACUUUAAUGCAAUAAUUAGAGCCCUGCAAAUACACAGCUAUCCGCUUCAUAUCUGUGGACCAUUUUUACGGAUAGUUGGGCGGAUCCAGAUACAGCCUCACAAGGCUCCAUUGAUCUGGAAUGGAGACAGAGACGUGUUUGCACAGGGCUGAGCCAAGCUGAGCUGUGCCCAUCCAAGUCCCAAACCAUUUUGGAGACACUUUGCCUCUUCCCAGCACCUGGUGGGCGGCUUAUAAAGUGCAGUCCAGUCCUGAGCCCCCUUCGUGGCAGUGGCGGCAAACGCCCCUCCCUUCCCCCCCCUGCUGGGGCUAUGAAGCCAAGAAAUACGUCCAGGAAAAGAUAAUCUGAAUUCCGACAGAGCCCGGAGCACUUUAAAUAGGGAUAAAAUGUAUGCUGCCUGGGCUGGGAGUGGUGUGAAGGGAGAGUGAGGAAAAGGGGGAGAGUCAGUGCCUGGCAGGGGAUGGAGAGACCAUGAAGGAGAGACCAAGGAGCUGGGCUGCCUGGCUGACGGCUCAGGGAGUGGAGGGGUGAAAGUCUGCGAGCCAGGGGAUAAGCAGGAGCAGGUGAGAAGACUUCGGAGCCCAUUCCCAUUCUCUCAGGCAGGCCCACGCAUGUGGGGGUGGGGAAUCUGACCCUGGCCCUGAGGCCUCCUGGGCCCCAUCCUGCCUUCCUGUCCCCUGAGGUGGCAGGCCCCGUAUCUGACAAGUACAUGUUGAGCAGCAGCAGCUGGACUCUGGCACCCUGUCUCAUGGCAGCACCUAGGGUGACCAGCUAGCAAGUAUGAAAAAUAGGACAGAGUAUGGAGUAAUAGGUGUUUAUAUAAGAAAAAGCCCUGAAUAUCAGGACUGUCCCUAUAAAAUUGGGACAUCUGCUCACCCUAGCGGCACCUGUCCUGUGUCAUCCAGCUCAGGCAGCCCAGGGGGUGCAAUGCGCUCUGGGCUGGCGGUCAGUGGCUGGGGCUGGGCGGCAGAUUGGAAUCGGGGCUGUCCAGCAUGUGCUUGCCAUCCAGCAGCUCAGCCCCCCCUCCUCACGGCCCCUUCUUGAGACCCUGCCCCUUACCCCCAGACCCUGCUCUCACGCUUCCUCUUCCCUGCAACACCUGCCCCCCCGCUCACUCAUCUCUGCCCCACCCUACCCCCUCGAGACAGCUUGCAGAUGUGGAUAGAGGUAAAAGUUGGCUAGCAGAUUGUGGGUCGGAUCGCGGGUUGGUCCUGGCGGAUGCAGAUCCACAUUUUUGUAUCCGCGCAGAGCUCUAUCCAUACCUAUACCUUACCUACCAUAGCUGGCUACAUGGAUUAGUGGAAUUGGUGACAAUUUCAGAGGCAGAAUCUUUACCUCAAUGUAGUACACAAGUUUGUAUGCUUCAAGUAUCACAUGAGUAUAAUACACCUCAGUUGGGUCAGGCUAACUGAUGGUGAUGCCCUGCUCAGAAAACACUAAGCUGCUGAGAUAUCAGGUUGAGAUUGCUGGGCUGGCAGUUAGAAAAAUACAUCUUUUUUUUUUUAUUUGUGAACUGAGGAAAGAAGUUAUAGAAUCAGUGAUGCCCUUAUCUUGCAAAUUCUUAUGCAUGCACUUAACUUUAUGCCUGUUGAAACCAAUGGAAUUACUUAUAUGUGUCAAGUUAAGCUUGUGCAAGGUAGAGUCUGUGGGACCAUGUUUUUUUGUAUAAAGUUGCUUAUGUGUAAGUAUUUACAGGAUUGAAGCUUAAGAGACAGUAGCUAUGCAGCCCUUUUACUCACAUACUUUGAUGCUCCUAUUGUAGGUAGCUGCAACUAGAAAGCACUGAGAGUUUGCCUGAGGCUACUGAAUUACCAGCUGAUACUCUGACUGUGCUUAAGUAUUAUUUACUUGGAGGCCAGGAUGUGUUAAUGCUAAGCAAAAAGAAUAACAUCUUUUAUAAACACAUCAGGAGGAAAAAUACUAGAGAAAAAAAUAGGCCCAUAGUAAGUGGUAGGAGGAUCAAUGUCCAAUGUUGACUCAAACAGCUAAGGUACUGAACUCCUUGUUUAAAUUUGUGUUCAACCACAAAAAAUAAAGUAAGUUUAGACAGUUCAGAAAUGAGGAAAUCCUUGUAAAAAUAACUGUUCACAAAGAACAGGGAACCAUAAGGGAACACUUGGAAAAUUUGAACAUAUAAAAGUCAGCUGGCAUGUAUGUAAGUCAUGCCUUGUAGGCCAGAGAAACUUAAAUUGUGUUCUGUGGAGCACUUUAUGUGGUCUGCAGAGAGCUGGUUGAUCACAUGAUGCUAGAUCCUUCCCUCUUAUUUCCAGCUGCUUAACAGUAUUAAAAGACAGAUAGAAAUAUAUGUAGUUGCCUCAGAGAUUCUAUAAGAUUGUGAAUUGUAGGGCUGCAGACAAUCUGUAUAUUUACUACACAGAAGAACAAAGUAUAUUUGCCUAUCUUAAUGUUGAUAACUUGCCUGUCAAAAAAUUACUAACCCCGGGCAAGUGAGUAACUUUUUGCAUGGUUGAACUAAUACAUCUGGAUAAACAGAUAUUCAGUAGGAGAAAUUUAUUGGUGAUAGUGACAGCAAAUUGGACAUAGUUUGUAAUGUCAAAUGAGAGCAACAAAAGCCAAUGCAGUUUUAGGCUGCGUACAUAAAGGAACAACGGCCCAGGAAAUGAAAGGUCUGCAUUACUCCAGUGUAGAGCACCCAGAAUAUAAUGUUCAAUUUUGAGCAUUUUAUUUACAGGAAAAUAUGGAUAAGUGGAGAGUGUUCAGAGAAGAUGUUAGGAUGCAUAUGUUACAUUGCCAGCUAUCAGAAUGUUCCCAAAAUCUGCCCUUUUUUGAAAAUAAGACAGUACAGUUCCCGCCUGUGCUCUUUUAUUGCUUCCAAAUGGUUUAAACAAUUGCUGGAUCCAACUGGAUAAUAAUGCUAAGUCACAUACAUCAUAUGUCUGCUCAGUAGUAAGUGCAUGUUGCCUCCACACUGAAAGUAAACAUCCUGAGCGUCAGAGAGAUGACAACCCAAAGAGGAUUUUACUUCUUUAUAAAGCAUUAGCUAUGUGUUACCAUUAGCAUUUCUACAUCUUGUAUUUUAGAAGGUACCUUUAUGACUUUAUCUCCUUGUUUUUCAGCAUACACAGCAGCUUGUGAUCUUUAUUUUCACAUUACAGAAUUCAAAUGUCUUUAUGUGUAGUUCUCUUAUUAUGAGUCAUGUUCAUUGGCUUUUUUUCUCAUACUGCUAGUGGCAAAGUUGACGUGUAAUUUAGAUCACUAAAACAAUGUCAUUGUAAUGCUUGUACUCAACCUCAUGAUAUGCAGCCACCACCAAUGCACUGUGGAAGAAAACUUAAUUUUAUAAGCAGCUUUUAAAGACACUCUUGACCAUAUCACAAAUCAAAUCAUAUGAACACUAUGUUUAUUACCUGGGUUCCAAUCCAAGGUAAUAAAGUUUGGGGUCUCUUAUCCUUUAAAUUAUUUUAUUUGUUCCCCUUCCCCCCCCCCCACGCACGAAAAUGAUGACAGAGGCUACAUCAGGUUCUUCAUUUCCUAUAUGUAUAUCUUAACAUUCUAGAAGCCCUCUUUGAUAGAGAUUUGCUAUAUGUACCUUCUGUCAUUUUCAUCUUUAGAGACACUUCAUGACAAAGCUACUAACAAAAGUGCUCACAUGGUUUUCAAAUAAGCUUUUGAUUUUUUUUUCCAGAAAAAUCUUUAGAUGUUCAACUGCAGCUGUAUCACUUCAAAAGAGAGAAAGCUGGUUGCAUCCAACUUCUUUCUAGUUGUUGUUACAAAAAGUUACAGAUGAAUUGUCAAGUAGCAAUAUGAGCUCAUUGGUACUGUACUUGCUUACGUGGUCAUGAAUGUCUGUCUAUUAUAAUACUCUUUUGUAGGAGCUUUAGCAAGUGGGACCCUUCCCUUUCUGCAAAAGUGAUCAGACAUUCUUCAUGUCAGUUUAAACAUCCUUUUCAAAGAUGAGGUCAUUCAGCAGAAACUGAUCAAGAGAUUUAAGCUAUGUAAGAACACCAAGAGUUUGUGUUGUCUGUAUAAUGAUGAAGAGAAAAAUAAAGCUGCAAUAUUGGUCAAGUCUACACUAUUAUGUUUUAAGAAGCUUCUCUAGUAAAAAUAUAUUUCAUUGUAGCUUUUUAAUUUUUAAUACAAAGCCAGUCAUUCCGCAUAGUAUAAGAUUUUAAAUUCUAGGUGAGACAUCUGACUUAUAAACAGUUUGUGCCAAUACAACCUAAAGGCUGAUUCAGCAUGGUACUUAAUCUGUACAUAAUUUUGAGCAUGUGAGUAGUCCCGCUAUCCCAUCAAUGUCAUUGGGACUAUUGUCUCAUGCUUAAGUUCCUCACUAAAUCAAGGUCAAGGACACUUAUAUUGUUUACAUUAUGCUCUUGAUCGUACUGAAGCAUCCAUGUUUUUUAAUCACUGUAUUUGUACUAGUAACUCCACAUGAUGAAUGGGAUUUUUUGUCUUAAAUUAAGUUUUACUGUAGCUUCCAUCCAAGGAUUGUUAAUAUAUGAUCUGUGGACCCAAGUCUCUUUAAUCAACCUGACAGAUUGGUUUGAGUGUUUCAGUUGGGAGGAGAAGCAGUCCAUUAAAGAGACAGUGUCAUUCAAAAGAGUUGUCUUUCCUC